AUGUCACGGCUAGUUCUUUUAUUUCUCGCUUAUAUCUUGGUCGCAGCGGCUUUUCCGGAGUAUGAGGGCUUGAACACGACUUGUACAAAGUCUCACGAUUGUCAAGUCAUCAACACGGCCGCCGUCGGGAUAUGUAAAGAUGGGAAGUGUGACUACGAAUUGACCAGAGGAUUCAUCUACUUUCCUUUCCAGGAAUACUCGUUGAGCUUCUACUGGUCGGCGUUGACGCUCGUUACGCUUGGGGAGCAGCCCUCACCCCAGCGCUCCUUCCAAAACAUUUUCGAGAUUAUCGUCACGCUACUUGGGCUUGUAAUUUUCGCCGUAAUUGUUGGUGAUGUCGGCAACAUGGUGCAGACGAUGAACCUAAAGCGCACGGAUUACGAGGAGAUUUUCGACGGGACGCGCGCGUACAUGUUGCGACAUCAAGUCCCCCAACAACUCCAACAGAAAAUCAUCCGCUACUUGACGUACAUCUGGGGUCAGGGGCAGAUUGGAGUAGAUGAAAAGGCAAUCUCUGACUUCCUGCCCAAUCGUCUUUACGGCCACAUGGCUGUUCAUAUACAUAUGGAGACCUUGAGACGCGUUCCCCUCUUUGCCGACUGUGAUCCAACACUCCUUUACGAGUUUAUAUUACGACUCGAGUUGCAGGUCUACAGUCCCGGGGAUUACAUUUGUCGAAAGGGCGAGGUCGGAAAGGAAAUGUACAUCGUCAAGAAGGAGGAUUUGUGGGAGGCACUACGCGACUAUCCACAGGCUACGCAGUCGUUGUUUGAGAAGGGUCGCCAAAUCCUGGCCAAAGACAACCUGCUCGAAGAAACGACCGAGGAGCACGACAAUUGGGACCCGGACGCACCAAUAGAAGAAAAAUUUGAGACGAUUCGCCGCGACAUGGAGGAGUUCACCAAACAGCUUGAUGAAGCGGAAGUGAUGCUCAGGGCCUCAAUGGACCGUGAGAAGCAGCUCGUCACCAAGCUCGAGGAGAGUUUUGUCGAGUUUUUCGAGCUGGUCAACCGUGACGACGAGCACGAGGAGGACAGUGAUUCCGAUGGA